GAUAGAAUUAGAAAAAUGGAAUAUUGGAUUAUUGGUGGUGCAAUUGCUAUAGUUUUAUGUAUUAUUGGUAUUGGUACCCUUUUUUAUAAAUGUAAAAAGAAUGCAGAUAAAGAUGAUAAGCUUUUAGAUAGUACAUAAAUUAUUCAAUAAUAAGAGUAAUAAGAAAUGUUACCUUUUAGUUAAGAUAUGAAGUGCAAUGAAUAAAACUAAUAAUAAAUGAACUAUUAUUAAGAUAAAAAUAAAGCCAGAUAACCCUAGAAUAAUAAUACAUCUUAAAGGUAAAAUGAAUAAACAAAAAAAAAAGCAAAUUCAGAAGAUAGUAGAAAUAAGAAUAAAAAUUGUUCAAAUCCUAUUUCAUCAACAAGUCAAGAUAAUAAACCAAAACAAGAAUAGGAUGAGGUGAGAUUGGAAAUUAAUUCUCCAAAAAAUAAUGAUUAAGUUCUAAAUUAACCAAAAACAAUGAGCUCAAACAAUAUUGAUAAAGAUUGUAUUAUUAAAAUAGAUUAAGAUGGUAAUUAAGAAUAAUAAAAUCAACAAGAACAAUAAGAUCACAAUUAAUAUAAAAGUUAGCAUUAAGAUUAAACAUAAUAAUAACCAUGUAUACCUCAAUAAUCAAAUAUCUAAGAAAAAAUAGAAAUUAAUACUAACAUAGAUUAAAAAGUGAAAUAAGAAUAAUAAAUUCCACAAAUACAAUAAGAUAUAUAUUAAAAUUAAACAUAUUUAUAGUCCAAUAUUGCACAAAAACCUAAUAUUUUAGAAAAAAUAGAAAUGCUUUCUGAAAUAAAUAAUUUUAACAAUUUAGAAUCAUUAAUUUAAUCAGUAAAAAAAGAUAUAUGUUAAAAAGAAAAUUAAUUUUAAUUAAAUUCUGAAGUUGUUCCAAAAAUAUCGUUUAAACCAAAAAUUGAAAUAAUAUUUGAAGUAGAUUAGUCGAAUACUUUAAAUAAUUCAGAAAAUAAAAUAAGAUAUGAUUCAAAAAGGCCAAAACCAGAUGAUAUAAUUAUUCCCCUCGCACCAAAUCCUCCUCCAAAUUCCGAGGAUAUUGGAGAUAUGAUUCUACCACUUUAUGAAAAAACUUCUAAAAAAAGGUAAAUAGAAGAUUAAUAUAAAUAUUAUGUAAGAUAAUUAAAGAAUAAAGUUGAUUUAAAAAAGAAUUAUAGUCUGAGUUUGCAAGCUAAUAAAGAAAUGGGGAACUAUUGUAAUGCAUUUAGAGAAGUCAGAGGAGAUGGAAAUUGUUUCUACACUGCUUUUGGAUAUUAAUUUUUAUCAAUUUUACUAUUUGAUUAUUCUAUUGAUUAAUUCUAUAAAUUCAUAGAGAAAAUCAAAUAAAUUAAUUUACCAAUGAAAAUAUAUGUGACUGGACAAGAUUUUAAAAUAGAUGAUAAAUUAUUAGAAGAAAAGCUUUUAAAAGAAUUUUUGAAUAGAUUAAUGAAAUUAAAAUAAAUUCAAGAUUUAGUGUAAAGAAAAGAACAAUUUCAUAAUUAAUUUGCAGCUUAUGAAAAAUAAUCAGAAGAAGUUGAUGCAUGUUUAUAUGGACUAUCAACUAUAUUUUUUAGAAAUUAUUCCAAUUAUAUUGUUGAUUUUAGUGAAAAAAAAGAUGCCCUUUAUGAUAGAGAGAAUCUUUUAAAGUGGGAAGAAGAAUGCAAUUCAAAUGAAGUUAUUAUUGCAGAAUUAGCUAAACAAUUAAAUAUGUUUUUAUUUAAUAUAUACUUUUAGAUUUGUUUAAUUGAUAUUUAUUGAAAAUAAAGAUUAGCUUAAAAAAUUCUAAUAUGGAAAUGAACAACACAAUAAGAUAAUAUUAUUAAUCAAACCUGGCCAUUAUAAUAUUGGUUAUUUUAUCUAAGAAACAAUCAAUAUUUGA